AGCUAUUGGUCACGUGACUAACUUACUCUCGUUGAAGAGAGCUAGACUUGCAGAAAACGUACAGUAGAAGACAAGGGAACGUCGUGGGGCCAGAGUAUCGUGGGGUAAACAGUUUGUAUGGCCAAAGAUAGUUUUGUUGUUAUUAAUAUAUGAUGGAUGUAUUAUCUUGAUUGUUAUGGGUUAAUACUAAGUGCCGAUAGAUGUUUAGAGUAACCAUGGAUAGUCAAACAAGUAGCCUCUGUGGUGAACCUACGCCACACAUCUCGUGCCUCUACCCGGAGAUCUUAGCCCUGAUUUUCAGCCAUCUAAAUGUACGAGACAAGGGACGUGCGGCACAGGUUUGUUCAGCUUGGCGGGAGGCAGCUUACCACAAGUCCGUCUGGCGCGGAGUUCGUGCUCGGUUACACCUAAGACGAGCCAAUCCCUCUUUGUUUCCCAGUUUAGUGCGUCGAGGAAUUCGUCGAAUACAAAUUCUUAGUUUGCGAAGGAGCCUCCGAGACGUGGUAUUAGGUGUUCCAAACCUGGAAUCUUUAAAUUUGAUCGGAUGCUACAAUUUGAGUGACUCGUGGCUCAGCCAUGCCCUCGUUCACGAGAUGCCAUCGCUGACGGAUCUAAAUCUUAGCAUGUGUAAACAGAUCACGGACUCCAGUUUGGAACGCAUUGCUCAACACUUACAGAACUUGGAGAUUUUGGACUUGGGUGGAUGCUGUAACAUUACGAACACAGGGUUACUUCUGGUGGCCUGGGGACUCAGACGGCUUCGUAGUCUUAACUUACGUAGCUCUCGACAUAUAUCAGACGCAGGAAUUGGUCAUUUAUCCGGCUUGAAUCCAGAAGCCGCCGAUGGAACCGUGGCUUUAGAACAUUUGGGGCUCCAGGACUGCCAGAAAAUUACAGACAACGCCCUCAGACAAGUGAGUUUAGGACUUCACAAUGUGAAGAGUAUUAACUUAAGUUUUUGUGCUAGUGUAACAGACUUCGGCCUGAAGUUUUUGGCACGAAUGUGUGAACUGCGUGAGCUGAAUCUUCGAAGCUGCGACAACAUCACAGACUUGGGCAUGGCUUACCUGGCCGAAGGCGGUUCGCGAUUAACAACUCUCGAUAUCAGUUUUUGUGACAAGGUAGGAGAUCAAGGCCUGCUUCAUGUCUCCCAAGGUAUUUUUAAUCUUAGAAACCUCAGUCUCAAUGCAUGCCCCAUCAGUGAUGAGGGAUUAAGUCGGAUCGCUCGCACGCUCUCAGACCUUCAGUACCUGAAUAUUGGUCAAUGUUCACGUGUUACCGACAAAGGACUUAGUCUCAUUGCUGACAAUUUUCAUCAGCUCCGCAGUAUUGACCUUUACGGGUGCACUAAAAUCACCACGGUGGGACUAGAAAAAGUCAUGCAGCUUCCAUGCCUUUCAGGCUUAAAUUUAGGCUUGUGUCCGUUGUGGGAGAAAGAAGACACCCAGCCUGUCUGUGAUAGUGUAAAUGUGUAUAAAUAGUAUAUAUAUAUAUAUAUAUAUAUAGAACGUAAAGAAGCAUAUGCCCCAACACACACACACACACACACAUAUAUAUAUAUUGGUAUUUACACACUUUCACAAAAAAUGUCCUGAUAAUUUUUUAAAACCUUAUGUUAUAACGUGAAGUGGAUGGGGGGAGAAGAAUUUCCUAAGCCUAACACUGUGACAAAAUGUUACGAGAGCGAUUGUCUUAAGAGAUGCGUAUACAUUGUUGAUUUGAAGAAAACUAUCAUACAUAAGGUUUGAAACUUCUUUUCCAAAUUUUAUUUUCGAAUGAUAUAAAUUGUGCGUUUAAACUGUAUAUGUACUAUAUAUAUAUAUAUAUAAUUUUUUAUCAUCAAUCUCUGUGGUUAAACCAUGUAGCAUAGGAUUAAAGAUUUGUUUUUUAAGUCCGUGUCUUAGUUUAAGGUGUUUAAAUCUACAACUUACAAGGAAGCAAGAUAAAUUGAAUUGUAGUAAUCAUAGAAGUCAGAUAUAUCCACACUGUGGGUGAAGGACUGUAUGAAAAGUUCACUUUUUUCUAAACCAGCACAGAAAUGUUAUCCAAACGUACAGUAAGUGAAUUUAAAAUUAAUUGAAAUCCUCUUUUAAUAAUUCUCCAUUUCACUCUUUUAAUCUGGUUAUAAAAUAUCACGAACGACUCAUUCUUCUGACCAAGAUAUGUAUUCAGUUUAAGUAAAUAUUAUGUUUUAUGUCAGUAAUUAUUUUUACAAACAAAUGGUCAUCAGUACUAUGAAACUCAGAUGAAAGAGGGGGGAGUAGUAUAGAAUUGUUGAAGGAAAGCUUAUACUAUCUGUAUUGGUAAAAGGAAGGAAAAAAGAUAUCUAUCAGUGGGUUAUUUUGUUUGAAUAGAUAUUACCAACUAUUUAGAUCCUAGAAUAGAUUACUUCUCUGUUUAAUGCCUAUUCGUCCCUUUUCAGGUUAUUACAUUUAUAAAGCAAAUAGAACAUUCCUACAUUAAAUAAUAAACGGAAGGUGAAGGCUCAUACACUUGAGAGUGUUUUUAAUUUCCACCACAAUUGGCUCACCAUUUUUAUAACGUUACGUGGUGAUUAGUUUUUUAUAUUAGUAAGUCUAACGUCAUGUUGUAUUCACGUGGUUGAUUUUCAGGCAUGUUAAAGAUCACUUGAUUAUUUUCGACUGUUAACGACUUCAAAUCGUUAAAUUUACGUUUCAAACGAUAUUUCAAGAGGCAUUAGGAUGAUGCCAUAGAAAUGGUAUCUAAUAAAUCUGUUUGAAGUGGUUGAUAUUUAAGCUUUCUUGUUCAAUUUCCAUCUUGAUAUUCAAAUCUUCGAGUAAUUUGUCUACCUAAACCAAAUAUUUCACAAUUUUAUAAUAUUUUUGCUGUGUUCAUUAGAAAUGGUAUACUUUCAAAAUAAGACAUUUUGUAAUAAAUUUUAUUAAUGAUUUAGAUUCAAAGUUAAUGAUUGCAUUAUGGCUAGUGUUGUGUGUUUAUGUGUGCCAUAGUUUGGACUGACCAGAGUUUAUUUAAAGAUCUAAGUGGCCUUUUUUUUUCACAUGUUCAGAUGAAAAUAUAUCGAGCCGACGAGAAAGCUGUGUAGUUAUUAUUUGAAAUGUAGUUAAUCUUUUCCGUUCCUUCUGUUGUAUUAACAGCAGCUGAAAUUAUUUGUCUAAUACUAAUUCCAACACGAAAUGGUCACAUGAUGAAAUAGUACACUGUAAAAAAAAAACAUUAGGCGCUAAGUACAAAACAACCGUGUUGAUUUGUUUGAAGUUAUGCGCAAAGCUACACAAUGGGCUAUCUGUGCUCUGCCCACCACGGGUAUCGAAACCCGGUUUCUAGCGUUGUAAGUCCGCAGACAUACCGCUGUGCAACUGGGGGGCAACCGUGUUGAAGCAUUCCUAUAAGGUUUAAGCUAUAAGUAAUUGAUAAAGUGUUAUGUUAUUUUGCUUAUUGCACUCAACUCUGUACGCAGCCAGUGAACUUAAGAUAGAAACUUCAACAUGGGCAAACAUAUAACAGUAGGGCUAGUUACAUAAGAGCUAUUACAAGGUCGGUACUAACCUGGAAAAGUCAGGAAACCUGAAAAAGAUAUUUAAAAAAACUAUCGAAAACCCUUGAAAAAGUUAGGGAAAAUUUAUUCCCUUCCAUUUAUCUUCGAACAUCCAAGCGAUUGCAAAUUCUACUGCUUAGUUAUGCCUAUUACUGAUUUUUUAAACAAAAUAUUGGAAGGUUAGUCACGUUGUUAUUUUAUCUAGUGAUAAGUAUCCAAAUCCUUACAUUUGAUAGUAGUUUAGAUCAAAUAUCCUUUUACGAACAAAAAUGCUAGUUUUUCUUGUUUAUCAUCAAGUUGCUCUGUCCCUGUGUGAAGACCGUAUUUUAUAAUAGGUAUUCUGAAGUAUUAUUACCCGUUAUACAAAUUCAAGUGGUAUUAUUUAAGUACAAUAAUAUCAAUGUGUACUAUAUAUGCGUGUUAAGGUCUGAAAAAUCUGGAUUUGUGUCUUGAAAAGUUAGGGAAAAAAAAUUGGAAAUUAAACAAUUACCCAAUAUUACUAUUCCACAUCAUGUCUUUUAAUUUAAUGUAGUCUCUAAAUAAUGUUGUUGUUUUUUGUGCAAAAACUAGUUUAGGGCCUUUGGUUUACGAAAUAUUAUUUAGUGGUUGAAAAUAGAUCCCUACUUAAACGCAUAAAACCUUUUAAUUCACAUGCAAACAAACUUUAAUUUAUUUUUGAAAAAAAAAAAAAUCAUUGGUAAUAUUAGUAUGCCUAAGGGCUUUGCAGUAUUACUUCUAACAGUAGUUUAGUUUUAGUUGUUGUUAAGCGCAAAACUACACAAUGGGCUACCUGUACGCUGCCCACCACGGGUAUCGAAACCCGAUUUUCAGCGUCAAAAGCCUGCAGACUUACCACUGAUCCACUGAGGGGUGUUGUAAUAGUUAAGCAUAAAUGAAUAUAGUCACAAUAAUCAUGUGUAAAUUAUUUAGUUUGACUUGGUCUCUUAAAAUAACGAAUGACCAGUGUUUGAUUUCAAGUUACUUACAGUGUGGAUUGGUUCGGCAGUAGACAAAAUAUAUAAAAAUUUGAGUUAAUACUUAGGCGCAAAAAUGAUCUUUGAGUGUGACAUUAUACGGCGAAUCGUUCCAACACAGAAACUUCUUUCAUCGUGACAGUGAGAAAUGUACGCGGUAUUUUAUAAUUCUCUAUCAAUAAGCAACUUAAUAGGAUAUAUGUAUUAUAAGUCGAGCUGACCACAUAAAACUUAGGGUCGAAGGUCAUUUUUACAGUUUCUCGUGAUUCUACAGCAUCAUGCUAAAUAUAAGGUAUCUGAUUUAAUUAACAUCCUCUGGGGAUUAUAUUUAAUUUUACAGUGUAAGUUUGCUUACGUAGCAUCAUAGGUUGACUACCAUAGGUCACACACACAUUCUUAUUUCCCUGAAAGGGAUAUACAGAGUCGUUGGAUAGGAAUAGUGUGGCGGCACAAGUAAGAAACUUCAAUGCAGGUGUGUUAUUGUGCUGGUUUCGGUUCUAUUAAUUAUAUUCCAAAAAAUGUCUUUAAUUAUUGAAAAUUCUGCGACUCACUUUACUUUUUUGUUUUGGAAACUUUUAAUAAAUAUUGAAUCAGAUUUGUUUACAUUUGUAGAUAUUUACAUUGAACUUCACUAGUGAUUAUUUUUGUGUUACAUCGAGAUUGGUUUCAUU